UUUGCCCAUCCGGACUGAUCCGGAAAGGAAGGUCACCUCAGGUGUAACCGUGCGACAUUCAUCAUGCAAAGACACUCCCACGAAUCCAUUGAAAGUCUGACCCUAGUACGCGCAUUAUGCGUAUCCCAAUAACGAAGUCAUGGCAACUCUGAUCAAUUACGACUACUCAACCUUCAAAUUACCAAAACCAAACAAGCGUCAACUGCAAGAUUUGCAACAUUCUGAAGCAAGAGCACACGCGGCACGUGUGGCAUACUGGCGCACGAGAAAAGGCCCACCCCCUGCGGUUGCAAAGGGCGCAUCGAGCUACCAUGUUCGAAACGACAAUCUUAUCAAUGCGUGGCCUACUCCUAGCACAAGCUCGAGAGAGACAUCGGUUGAAAGUGGCAGGCAUGUAAAACUGAGCCCACCAGACAACAAGAUUCAUGAACAAACCGACAUUACUACGGACACCCUCAACCAUGUUCAAGGUGCCACAGCACAAUCUGUCAAUGCUCGUCAGUCAGAAGAACUUGCAAUAUCUUCGAAACCAAGCCCGCAGUCUAGCAGUGUUCCCUGGUCAUUUAAUCAGAAUGACGGUCCCGUCAAUUCUCGAAGAAACGCCCAUCAGAAAUGGGUGGACGUGGGCGAGUACACCCGAAUCUCAAGGCAUCCAUCGUCUGGUCUCUUCGAUCCCCUAGACACACUACCCACUAGACAGGGCGACGAGGUGGUGGCUUCGAUGAAUCACUUUCUCCACGUUUGGGCACCGUCGCAACGGCCGGGCCUGAGAUAUCAGACCAAAGACAACCCUCUCAUAAAGGACAUUUUCAAUUCUGCUUUGCAGCACCGAGAACUCUUCGAGGCUCUUAUCUCGCUAUGUCUGACAUUCAAAGCCGCGAGUCAAGACUUUAAAACUCCAAUGCGCGAGGCCAGCCUCUACCACAAAGGUCAAGCCCUGGUAGGGAUCAGGACGAAACUGACCUCGGGCUCGAUUGAUGAAGCUGUUAUUCUUUCAACGGUGUUUUUGAUGAUCACGGACAACGUGUUUCUAGAUGAACAAGCUUACAAAACACACCUGAAAGGUCUCAGGCAAAUGGUAACGGGAAACCCAGUGUACGACGGUUUGGCCUACGCAGGUGCCCUUCGAUCAUUUGUGACCUGGGCAGAAUCAAACGCUCUGCUCAUAUUUGGAGACAAUUUUGCGUCCGAUCAACAUGGGCCUCACGAUGCUGCACUCGAUUAUCCCUCCAAGCCGUUUUCGAAAGCGGUAACAAGGAUGAUCUCCGGGCUGACUCCGGGUUUUCGAUCCAUUGCUGUGGACGGCCAACUUUGUACACAAGUGCUUGACGUUCUUCAGAACAGCGUUCAAUGGGUAUCGUGCAUCGAUGGAAUGUCCCGAGUCGAGACGAAUAAAUCCAGGGAAACAUUCUUGUUAAGCUUCGACCCUCGCUCGAACAGCGCUAAGGCAAUGAGGUUAUGCAGGGACUCCAACUUCACUGUGGAACGGAUAAUCUGCAAAGCGCUCUACAUAUUCCACGCCAACAUUCUGGCCUGGUCCUGUCGUUGUUCCGGCUAUCGCCAUGUUCUGAACGAGCUUGCCGAUACGUUAUGUUCGGAUGAGCUGGUGCAGACAAGCCAUGGGGGAAUCUGGAGCUGGAUUACGAUGAUUACAGCCAACGGAGCAAGACGAGCCGGCAUGGGACAAAUACAGAAUGAGGUGAUGGCGAAAUUUUUGGAUGUAAAUGAGGGCCGUGAUUGGGCAUCUGUCAUACGUACCAUGAGGUUCUUCUUGUCGCACAGCGCAUUUGAGCGCGAAUGGGAAUGUUGUUGGGAGACCGCUGUCAAGCAUUGAAGCCAUGUAUUUUCAGGUUGACGUGGCUCUGUGGAUCGAGGUACAUCGCUCCUGCGCUUGGAAUGGCUGGCAGUGGCGGUGAUGAUUUCAUGCAGCUCAAACCAAGCCCAAUUGAUCAAUGUUGGCCAUACGGCAAUGAUUUUGCCAUUGAAGUCGAAAUACU